GCUUAAGGCGAAUUUGGCUAUCAUGACCUUGUCGGCUUGGCCUUUGCCCAUUGCAUUUUAUCUUGGUUGUGUGUAGCGUUACAUUGACAUGUAUGUAUAUUGGUCCAACACACCGAUGAUGGAUCCUGUGUGUUUUGUGUCUCUGCUACCGUAGUGCCUACCUAUACAUAAUAGCGCUCUCCCAUAAAAUUCCCCUUAUCUUGGCUGCCACCCCAAGUCAACAGGUCUGCGUUUUUGUGCCUUCGAAGUUCCUACAGUUUUCUUCAUGCAAAGCUGAUUUCUUCCAAUGGAUACCGGCACAACUAUUCCCACGCUUGCGGCUCCCGUCAGCGCCGUGCGGGCUUCUGUCGACGAUGGCGCGCUCAACGAGAAGACCCAGCCAGAUGUCGUAGGGACAGAUGUCUUAGGGAAGGAACACAGCGUCACCAGCGAUGGCCAUGAGACCUUCCAUGGCCUCGUCCUCCCGACGGAAGAGGAGAAGAAGACGCUAAGGCGGGUGGCUGGCAAGAUGCCCGCGGCUUGCUACUAUCUCUGCGCCGUCGAGUUCGCUGAGCGUGCUUCUUACUACGGAUGCAAUCAGGUCUACAAGAACUUCAUCCGCGCCCCUCUGCCGCCAGACGGAAACGGCACCGGCGCCACGGCCCCCGGGUCCGAGUACACCGCGGGCGCUCUCGGCAAGGGCUCCGUGGUGGCCUCGGCCAUGACGGAGGCCUUCAAGUUCCUGGCCUACGCGCUGCCCAUCUACUUCGGAUGGCUCGCGGACACCAAGUACGGCCGCUUCAAGAUGAUCUGCUGGGGUGUCGGGAUCUGCGGUGUCGCGCACAUCAUCAUGAUCAUCUCGGCCUUGCCGCCAGUGCUGCUCUCUGGAAACGCCAUCGGUCCCUUUGCCUUGUCUCUGUAUAUGCUGUCAAUCGGUGCUGCUCAGUUCAAGCCGAAUAUCUCGCCCACCAUCAUCGACCAGAGCCCUCACAAGGUCGCCCACGUCAUCACCGACGAGAAAGGCGAGAAGGUGAUCGUCGACCCCGAAGAAUCUAUCAACACGAUCAUGUUGUGGUUCUAUGCGCUGAUUAACUUGGGAGCUUGCUUCGGUAUUCCCACCACGUACCUGGCCAAGCUCGUGGGCUACUGGGCCGCGUAUCUGAUUCCCACGAUCCUUUACCUAAUGCUUCCACCACUACUAUGGUACCUAAACCCCCGCCUCGUCAAACAGCCUCCCGGAGGCUCAGAUCUCGGCAACGUGUUCAAGGUCCUGGGCGACAUCUUCGCGCACGGCGGAAUCAAGCGCAUCGGCCGCAAGGGGUUCUGGGAGGCGGGCAAGCCGAGCGUGCGCAAGGCCGCCGGCAGCACCAAGGAGUACGAGUACGAUGACCAGUUCGUCAACGACGUGCGCCGCACCUUCCAGGCCUGCGGCAUCUUCCUCUUCUCGCCAAUCUGGCAGAUCAACGACGGUGGUCUCGGCGCCGCUGCUAACGCUCUUACCGCGGGCAUGGACACGAACGGUCUGCCCAACGAUCUGCUCGAUAACUUGAACUCCGUCUCUAUCGUCUUGGUUGUACCUCUGAUGAACCACGUCAUCUACCCGCUCCUCCGCAAGCGCGGCAUCAAAUGGGGCGCCAUCUCGCGCAUGACCUUCGGCUUCGCGCUCGGCACCAUCGGCUCCAUCGGGUACCCCGUGCUGCAGUACUACGUGUACAAGACCUCCCCCUGCGGCUGGAACGCCACCACGUGCGCCGAGAUCCUGCCCGAGGGCGAGACGACCGUCUCCCCGAUCUCGUACUCGCUGUACGCGAUCCCCGUCAUCAUCACCGCCAUCUCCGAGAUCUUCGUCAACGUCACCGCCUACGGCAUCGCCUACUCGCGCGCCCCCAAGAACAUGAAAGGCCUCGUCGCCUCUAUCAACCUCGCCAUGACCGCCGUCUCCGCCGCCAUCGGCCUCGGCACCGCACCCGCCAUCCGCGACCCGUACCUCAUCUGGGCGUUUGCGGCGCCGACUAUCAUCGGCGCGGUCUCCACGGUCGUCUUCUGGUUCACGUUUAGACACCUCGACCAGGAGGAGUUCGUCCUCAACACGGACUUUGCGGACAUGAAGAAGGACUCGGAUCGGGAGAGUGACGAGGAACGGGUGCCGCCGCCGAAGACGAUCGAUGAGAAGAAGUCUUAGGUGCUGAUGGAUAGGAGGGUGAAUGAUGUGUUGGAUAGGCACUUGGAGGUGCUUUGCUCAUUUUGGAGACGAUACCUAUGAAUUACCUAAGGCCAUUUCAGGGGGGCAGAGAGGGGGAGGGGCAUCAUAUCCCUAGGCUGACGAUAUGACGAUGUUUAAUUGUAGCUGAAAUACAACUAUAGUUUGUAUGCAAUUCACAACAUUGCCCUGUGACUGACGAGGUAACUACCUAGGUACGAG